AUGCCCACCCAAUCCUCGGACAAAGUCCUCUCCAAGCAAGGCGAGCCCAUCGAGGUCGGGGAUCACGUGUACACCAAGAUCCGGGGCGGGAGGCACGAGGGCGAUGUAGAAAAGAUUGUAAGGACGGAGGAAGAGGCGCAGGCAGAGGGGGUGAAGCAUCCGCCCAAGGUCCUCUUCACAGACCAGCGAGGGAAGCACGUAGCCCACAACCCGGGAACCCUGGAGAUCCAGCACAAGGGUGAGGAGGAAGAGGAGUAG